AUAUAAGCAUAAGCUAUAAAAAUAAAAGCUAAGCCAAACACCCCCUAUAUUCGGUUCGUCUCUUCCUCUCUGAUCCUCCGGAAAACCGCUGACCCUCCGACUCCGUUAGUAGAGAGAUCUAUGGACGCUAGUGAUCGUAGAUACUUCGAGGAAGAAGAUUCCUCACUGACGAAAACUAUGAAGGGUGCUGCAACUGGUCUGGCUGCUGGGACCAUUUGGGGUACCGUAGUUGCUACAUGGUUGGAUGUACCUCGUGUUGAGAGAAAUGUUGCUUUGCCUGGUUUGAUAAGGACACUAAAGAUGAUGGGUAACCAUGGGUUGACUUUUGCUGCCAUUGGUGGUGUCUACAUUGGUGUAGAGCAGUUGACACAGAAUUACAGACAGAAGAGAGACUUUGUAAAUGGAGCAGUUGGUGGGUUCGUUGCUGGUGCUGCCAUUCUUGGUUUCAAAGGCAAGAGCAUUUCAACAGCGCUUUCUGCCGGAGCUGCGCUUGCCGCUACCUCUGCCGCCAUUGAUGCUGGUGGACAGACCACGAGAGUUGAUACGGGCAAGGAGUAUUACCCUUAUACCACCAAGAAAAGGGCUGAUGCCGCUAAUUAAGAGCUCUUUUUCUGUUCUUAUAACAACAUAUUACUAUUUUCAGUAUUGUUGUAUGUUAUGUUUUGGAGAUGUAAACAUGCUCUUUCCUAUGGUUUAGUGUUGAACUGAUCAAGGUUUACGAAGAAUGACGUUUUGCUGAAAUAAAAGUUACAAUUUUCUUUCU